UAUAAUGGAGAGCCGUAGGCACGCGAGGCAGCCGUUAGAGAGCACGAGUCCAUCAGCAAUCUAUCGAUUGAUCGAGGCAUGAUGCGCGCAGCCGAACUCAAUAAUGCCUAGCAAGUAGCAAGCUUAGUUCGUGAAGCGCUCGACCGGGCAGUGAGCUGGUUGCGAGCGAGCGAGCAACAAUAACCGAUGGCCGCCAUAGCUAGCGUGCUCCCAGUUCUUUCCCAGAUCACCUCCUCCAUUGCCUCCACCGCCAACUACGGGCUGCUCAACCGCGUGCUCAGCAGCCUCUCCGGCUCUUUCAACGACCGGACCAGCCUGCUGCUCGCCCCCGCGCCCGCGCGCUCGCCGGAGCAGGAGCGGGAGCCCACCUCUCCGUCGGCAGCAGAUCAAGAGGCGCGUGCGCCGGGCACGUUCGACAUCGAGGCGGCAACGCCCGCGUCACUAGCCGAGGGCGGCGGCGGGCAAGGCCUCCAGGAUCAGGACACGGAGUCGAAGCGCGUGGCGAAGAGCGUGCACACCGUCUGCCUCUUCGCCGCGUCCGCCUCGCUGGUGCUGUUCGUCAACCUCCCCGGCAACGGAAAGGACGACGGCGUCCCGAACGCGAGCAAGCCCGGCGCCGGCGCCGGCGCGGCGGCGGCGGAUGGGGAGCACGGGCCCGGCGGCGGCGCCCUGUACAGCGCCGGCCUGGCGUUCAUCAGCCUCGGCUUGUUCUCGAGCCUGGGUCUCUCCAUGUUCUCGAUCGUGGCGAGGCCCGGCGGCGCGGCGGUGGCCGCGGUGCAGAAGUGGGGGAUGGUUGUGGCCGCCGCGUCCGUGCUCGUGGCGUUCACGCUGCGCAUGUGCAUGGUGCUCCCCACGGCGUCGCUCUAGCCCGGCGCGGCGCGGCGGUCCUCCUCCUCGCCGGCACUUGCGCUGUUGAUCUGGAAGUCGUCGCGGAUGGACGACGGUUGCCCGAGCUCCGAGCCAUCGAGCAGUACAUCAGACUAGGAAAUGGACGUUGGACAUUGGAGUUUUAGCCACUGUUUUUCCUUUUUUUUUUGACGGGUCAACGGAGGGGGACAGGAUCCCCCACCUGUUUUCUAUUUUUAUUCCAGUGGCCCCCAAACGGCCGGAUAGUUAUCGACUGUUUUUCCUUUUCAUUCACCAUUUGUAAAUAUACUAUGUGUUUAUAUAUAUAUAUGCCCAUGUACAGUUCAUAUCUAUAUCUAUAUAUAUU